GGCUAGACGUAGCUAUCUCCAGAAGGGGCAAAGGGGGCAGAAACCGCAAUGUGCGCAAUGGAGACAAGUCGAGCGACUGUACAACCACUUGUCUAAGUCCAAUUGGAAGUUACAGGUAUGCGCAGUUUCUAAGCGGAUUUUUUAUUUUUUUGUCUCAAAGGAAUGAUCAAAAGGAUUCCGCAAGACUGAAUCGAUGCGCGAAGGGGCCUCCAUUCAUACGUGGCCUGUUUACAUUUUUACUGUUGAGGUUUGCAACAUGGCACGGCUCUUUGCGAUACUUUUAAUUUUUGUCACAACUGUACUCGGCAGCGCAUCUGAGGUCUGCCGGGGGACGCGCUGCUUCUCCGGCCAGGAUUGGAACAGACAGUGCGUCGGCGCACACUGCCAGGGGCGCACGGAGACACCCGCGUCCCGGCGGCCGUUCCACAACACUGCGCACUCCAGGCAGGGACACGUCUAUAACAGCCACCAGCAGGAUGCUCAUUUCAAUCAGCAGCAAGCCAAGAGCUCACCAUUAGCACCGUUCACCGUUUUCCAGUCCCAGCACGCAGGCUUUACGCAGCCAUCCACGGGCACGGAUGGCAUCAGGAGGACGAACCCGAGGACCAUCACGGCAGAGGUGUUUCACCCCGGCUGCGCCGGUGGGAGCUGUCCGACGACAGUCUCUCAUCACCCCACGAAUGAUGACAGUGCAACGCGGGACUGCAAAGGCAUUGGAUGUAAACUGCCCCUUCGGAUGCGCCAGAGGCACAAACCUUGUGUAGGAGAAGGCUGCGGUACACACGGAGGAGACGACGGGAGAGGAGACUCUUCACCAGUUCAUGUGACGGACAGAGCAGCACAAUUUCUGGAUGAGCUCCCAGACUUUGGGUCGGAACGCGGAGCAUCGAUACAGCUGACAUGUGACAUGAAACCAGGUACUAAUGAGGUUCCCUCAGAGGACGCUCUUGUGCUGCAGCUACAGCUGUCCAAGAGCCAAGACAGGCUAGUUGAGGCCCUCAGGGGCCAGCAGAACGAGGUUAAGGAGCUGCAGAGGCUACUCAGUGAGCAGCAGAGGACGCUGGUCAACCAGCAGAGAGAAAUACUGGAGCAGCAGAGCAGGAUGUAUGAGCAGAUGGAGCAGGUGAAAGCUCAGUACACCAUGUUGAUGGACAGCGUCAAACAAACAUCUUUCCAGAACCUCCAGGGGGAGCUGGACAGUCACAUGGAAACCCUGAGUGGGCAGGUUAGAACCCACCAGGCACAGCAGGCUCUCUCUUUGCACAAGGUGGACAUGGAGGCCAGUGUGAUGGAGGUUGGCCGAUCUCUGCUGGCCUGUGGCACCUGCGGUGCUGAGGAGUACUGUAGCUUCACUAGCGGCCAUCCUCGCUGUGAGAAGUGCACCAUUUGUCCCGCGGGUUUCUUCCUGGUCGCCCAGUGCUCAGUCCACGCAGACAGGAUCUGCCAGGACAGAGAUGAAUGUCUCGAAAUAUCCGAUCUGUGUGGAGAUCAGCAGAAGUGUCUCAACACUCCAGGUGGAUUCAGGUGCCAAGAUAUGACAGAGCGAGAUGUCAAGUCAGGGAUGUGCGGGCACAGCUACUUCUACAACUCGGUUAUGGAUGAGUGUCAGGCCUGCAACGAGUGUGAUGGAGAACCCGUGGCUUCGCCUUGUACCUUCACCUCAGACACCGUCUGCACUGGCCCCGCUGCUGCUGCUGACAGCGUCCUCUCUCUGUCCUGGGCUGGAGAUGUGAGCCUGCAGGUGUCAAAAGGCCACAUCUUGGCUCAUGCCUUCCCCAGUGUGCAGCUACACAUCCAAGGAAGAGGUGAUGGCGGUCUGGUGUCCGCUGAGGAUGGACACCUGGUGCUGAGGCAGCACGGUCUGGUGUGGCUGGAUGAGAAUCUGGCGGUGAGCCACGGCUGCCGCAGCUUCAUCCAGGUGUGUCUGCGCAUGAACAACACAGAUGGCUCUGAAAGUCGUGACCUCAGUGGCGUUCGGGUGGAACAGCGGGAGGAGAGGUCUCUUCAAAGUGUCAGCAUCAGUGCGGUGGCGGAGGUCGCCCCGGGUCACAUCAUGUCCCUCUUCCUCCGGAGCGCCAGUCAUCACUGUAACCAAACCAGUGAAGGCCUGCAGCUGUACGACUCCGCUGCACCUAUGCUCAGCCUCCUCUGGAUCUCUCAUGACACUGGGGCAGUUGCCAUGACAGCGCAGGCGAUGGUCUCCGCACACUACCACACAAACUAUCGCCCGGUCUUCCGCACCACGUCCUCCUCUGACCCUUAUGUUGUGGGGCUGACUCAUGAUGGCCGAGGGAUCCGUUUUGCGGAGAGUGGCACAGUGCGUUUUGUGUUCCAGCAGGCCCUCUACUCUAUGGGCCAGGCAUGUGUGAGUGAUGGAUUCCAGAUUUUGGCGUAUCUCAACCACAACGGAACCAGCGCAGAGCUGUUCCGUGCAUUCAAACCAGGCGUCCACUAUCGGGACACAUCCAUAUCUCUGUCUGGAGCAACUAAAGUUGGUCCUGGGGACACACUGGGAUUUGAGAUCCUCUCUCCUGCUCAAUGCAAUGUCCGCUUCUUUGGUGAUGAAACAGGCAUCAGCAUUCUCAGUUUGGUUUGGGUCCCCGCUGCCAUUUCUUCCUCUCUUUCUGCCUCUGUGGCUCACACCGGCCUUCCGUCAGGAGCAGUUCGAAACAAGCCGCUGUUCUUCCACCAGACCAGCCCCCAGGUGUCCCAGAUAGGACUGCUGGUCAAAGGGUCCGCCGACCAGAGACGAGAUUUUGUCUUCAGGGAGAGUGGCACAGCCAGUUUGGCUCUGGACCUUAAACUCAUUCACUCCUGCAGCUUGGUCAAGGUGACUCUGCUCAGGCGAAGUGAGUCAGAGGGGUCAGAAAGAGGCCGUGAGGUACAGGGACCUCGGCCUGUUGUCGUGGCCCAGCAGGUGGCUGGCCAGAUGCCUGAAGGCAGCCACUGGGCCAGUGUGAGUCUGAGGGCGUCUUUCCAGGUUCACAACAGCACUGCAGUUUUCUUCACUUUGGACUGUGUUCGAGGACGGGUCAACCAGAUCAGCCACCAAACAGGAAGUGGGGUGUCAGUGCUCUGGGUGGCAGCGUGAUAAAAGAAACCUCAGCUUUGUUGAGCCUUUCUGUGUUUCAGAGUAAAGACCAUGACGCCAUUUAAAAGAUUAAAAGAGGAAUAGUUUGAACUUUUGGAAACUACAUUUUAACCUAACCUUGUCGCUAAUUAUAUUUACCAAAUAUGCUUACUAAAAACUAUAAAAGACAGAAACUAACACAUAUGUCUUUCUGUGUAAUCUAUAGAUAAAGUGUGCAAUGUGAGAUUUUCUGCAAGCUGUUUGCCACUGCUGCCAGUCUUUGUGCUAAGCUAACAGUCUUCUGAUGUUAAUUUUUGACUGGCAGAUAAGAGUAAUGUUCUCCUUAAUACAUAUCUCCGCGAGCUGCUUAACUUUCUUUCUUUCUUUCUUUCUUUCUUUCUUUCUUUCUUUCUUUCUUUCUUUCUUUCUUUCUUUCUUUCUUUCUUUCUUUCUUUCAUUUUUAUUAGGUGCUAAAAUAUUGACUGUGGAGUAUUUUAAAAUGUAGCAUUAUGCAGCAAUCAUAUUUAAAAAGUCAUUAUAUGUAAUUCAAGUAUUGGUGAUGACAGUUCUUAAUGGGUGUAUUUACAUCAGGUUUCUGCUCUCUUUAUGUUCCAAAAUUCCAUGUUUUUUCCCUUUCGGUGUUUUAUUUAUGUAAAUCUGUUCCUCUGUUGACACCAAAAGACUUUUGGAGCAUUCUGGUUGUGACUACGGCGUUUUCUGCUGCUGGUUUUCAUUCCUGAGAGUGUUUUUUAAGAGCAUGUGUUUCAUGUUAGGCACCAUUUCUAAUGUGAGUAUCCACUGCAUGCCUUGUUUAAUGACCACUUUGUGCAUCUUAUUGUGUAGAAUUUUUGAGGGCUGGUAGAAAUUAAACUGCUAUUUUAACAUCUUACAUAGUAACCACAAUUAAACUGUAAUAAAGUGUAUAUUUGAUGUUUUCUAGUAAAUGCAAUAAAAAUAUAUUUGUUUUA